GCUGCGAAUUCCCCACUCGCGGAGGUUAAGUUCUGUCGCUUGGAUCGGAGGCUGUUUCGCUGAUAAAUCUUGCAAAUUUCCCCCGGUUGCGUCAGUGUUUCCAGGCAGAGAGUGAUGGGGUAUCGAGAGAAGGCAAACAGGGCGUCGGAGCUCAUGAAUAUGUCGUCAAUCAAGGAUCAGCAGCACGAAUUGAACGAGUGGAUACGCUUUGGCCUCCGUCUUGGACUGCAGUCAGCGCUUCAUCCCUUCGAAUAUGCCAAAGUUCUCAUUCAGAUUGGCUACGAACCUGUACCUCCGCGCACCGUCCGCAGCAUCCUGGGCUACGAUGCUCUGGUGUUGCCCAACAUCUUUCAGUAUGUGAAGUACAUCAGGAGCGUGGACGGAUUCGUGGGCUGCUUUCGUGGACUGAUGCCGAGACUUGUGGGCACCGUUGUGGGAUCGAUUGGAAGUGAGCGCAUUGCCAGAAAUCUGGGAUUGGCGGAAAUCAAGGACACCUACGAUGAGGACGACGAAUCAUGGAAAUACGAGGCUGAGGGAUUUCCCACUUCUGUUAUCCAUGCGCCGGAAUCAGAUCCAGAUAGAGAGUGGAAUGACUUUCAGCGAAAGCUCAAGAGAGAUCUUGUCGUUCACUCAUCGACCAUCCUGAUUGCCCAACCAUUCCAAGUGAUAUCCAUACGGAUGAUGGCCCAAUUCGUCGGCCAGGAGACUGUCUACUCAUCCAUCUGGGCGGCAACCAAGGAGAUCUAUCGUGAGCACGGAUUGACGGGCUUCUUCUCUGGCAUCGUGCCGCGACUCGUUGGUGAUAUUUGCUGUGUGGUGCUGGCCAGCACCACGGCGUACUUGGUGAAGAAGCACUUCCUCACGGAGAAGGAGUCGCGCAAUGUGUUCCCCAUCUUCACCAACUACAUCUUCAGCACCAUCUUCUACCCCUUCCAGGUGGUCUCUGUGUGCAUGUCCGUCACUGGAUCCAGCCUCGCAGCCGGAAGGCCGCCGUGCAUGCCGAUCUACAGCAACUGGCGCGACUGCUGGCAACACCUGAACUACACUGGCGACCUCAAGAGGGGCAGUUCACUCUUCUGGCGCUACUACCGCACUCCCCAAGUCAUCAACAAGAACUUCCCGAUGACUUUUGCCCCAAUGCCAACGGUCACCAAAUACAAAUAGGAUUCAGGAAGCAUUAAUUCCACUACAUGAAUUUUCAACGAACUCUCUCCUCUUCUUUGCUUUGACGGAGUUGAAGUUUUGCAAAUGUGGAAUAGCAUUUUUUUUUCAGUGAUUA